AUGACUCGUAGUCAAAAUAUUCGUAUCUAUCGCGCGUGCCAACGGUGUCGUCAGCGGAAACUCAAAUGUGAUCCCUCUAACUUGUCCGAUGGGACAAACCCUUCCUGCAUCCAGUGCCUCCGCUCCGGCAAUGAGUGCAUUCUUGCCGGGUCACGGCGUGGGGGCGACUUCUCGCAGUUUCGAUACUCACGCAGGGGGCAAAGCUCUACGCCAACCCUUAGUAGGGCUAACAUAGGCCAUGGACUACAUGACGAGCAAAGUAGAGAUGAUGAAAAUGCUAUCGAAGAUCCAAUCUACGCCGAGUUAACUAAUCCAGGUGAUGCACUCCAGAUCCUUGCCCAACUUGCAGCGAAUGACCCCCAAGUUCCCAAUCACCCUAAUGACUCUACAACCUUCGAUCCUUUCCCGGUGACUCCAUCCGCCAAGCGAUCAGGGACGGACACUACCUUCAAGAUGGGUGGUCAGGUUGAGUCCAUGCAGCCUCCUGUUUUACAGUCAACAUUGUCCGAGACAGAAACAUUAGUGAUCGGAGUGUUAGGCACAGAUACCGCGAGCCGUCUAGUACAUCACUACGCGGCAAAUUACCACACUUUCUGUCCCCUCGCACCGAAAGGGCUUCUGGCGACGACGGAUCCGCGUAAGGCAGCGGUAGACGAGCCAUUCCUGCUGACAGUGCUUCUCACCAUUGCAUCUAAAGAUGAGCCCACAUGUAAAGAUAUCCACCAAUAUUGCUGGAAGCAUAUCAAGCGGCACUUGUUAGAUAUACUACUCGCCACGCCAUCCACUCUAAGGGUCGGGUCUGUGGAAGGUCUCCUGCUUCUUGCGGAGUGGGUUCCUUAUAUGCAACUCGAAACCUGUUCCUAUCCUAACAUGUUCCCGAGGAACCUGAGCGCUGUCGAGGAUAAUAUGGCCUGGUCACUUAUUGGUCAGGCAGUGAGGCAUUCUUACCUCCUGCGUCUAGACAAGGCAUCCUUUCGGGAGACGGCUGUUGGCGAAUCCCAAGAACUCGAGAAUCGAAAUCUCUUAGCGUGGAUAUUUGUAUAUAUAUCCGAUCGACAGAUCUCCGUCCGUAUGGGACAGUCAUUCUGGUCCCGUGGGCCAUCGCUCUCGACGAAUUUUACAGCCAAUGACUUUCCAAGUCUACGGCUAGGGGCAGACGCAGAGCAUAAAUAUUCACAUGUGUUGCAAGCCACCAUUGAGCUCACGCAGCUGCUCCACAAUGUGCAUGACACUCUGUACGCGUCCAAGGAGCGAACGACUCAAAUGGUUCGACGAGGGGACUACAAUCGCUAUCUAGAUGAUUUUCGACACUCCAUGUCGGCGUGGAAAGAUCGCUGGGAUGGUCUCGAGACAUCUCCCAAGCUGAACUGCACUCUGCGUAUUUUCAAGGAAGCAGUUCCCCACAACCGCCCUCCGGGGGAGAACCGGACAACGACUUUGGGGACAAGAGGAGCCCCUUCGCUAUUUCCACGGGGUAUCAUGUCGACCCCAGAGGGUGCAUAUGUGCUCGAAGCGGUAGAUGCAGCUCGGGAGAUCCUGACAAUAACCGUCCAGACAACAUCUCAAGCGCAGAUUCGCUAUAUGCCGUUCCGCUUCUAUAUGUAA